AACUUGAAACCACAGCAAGAACCAAUAUAUCAUCAUACUAUCCUCUUUGCCUUUAAUUUAACCUUCAACUUAAAAAUGCCAAGCACAAUGGAAGAUGUCACUACAAAGACUGAGGCAGUUGAAAUUGACCCCAAAACUGUUCUUGCUUUGAAUAAAUCAGCUGCAAUUGAUGAAAAGAAGAUUAGUACUGAAGUUGAACCAAAGACUGCUGACACUGAAACAAAAAAGGAGGAUUCUGGUUGUGACAAAACUGAAGAGGAAAAGAAGGAGAAAUGUGACCAAGUUGAACCCAUAAAAGAGGAGGAAAUUCCAGUUGAGACUGAACCAAAAACUGGAGUUACUUUUCCUGUCAAACUACAAGAUGGGAAGUUAUUGAAAGCUGUUGGUUUAAGGAAGAAAAGCAUGCUUGGCAUAGGCCUCAAGAUAUAUGGCUUUGGAAUAUAUGCAGACAAUGAGAAAAUGAAGGAACUAAUGCAGUCAAAGAUUGGGAACAAAGCACCAUCAAAACCAACAAAGGAAAUGUAUCAAAUGGUAAUUGAUAGUGAUUUUGGGAUGAUGGUGCUUUUGGUAAUAGUGUUUUCUGGGCUAUCAAUGAGUAUGGUUAGAAAGAAUUUUGAUGAAGGCCUUGGUGCAGCCAUAAAGAAACUCACUGGUGGCAAGAAUGAAGAACUAACCAAAAAGAUCAUGGGUGAAGCAUCUGAUGAUAUAAAGCUCACUUCUGGAUCAGUCAUCGAGAUUUCUAGGCUUCCUGGAUUUGUUCUUCAGACAAAAGUGAUGGGUGAGAUAGUGAGCAAGGUGGAAAGUGAACUACUGUGCAGAGCCUACAUUUACAUGUAUUUAGGUGAGGAUCCCUUUGACAAGGAAGCCAAGGACAAGUUUGGGACAUCUAUGCUCUCAAUGUUCUAAGUUGAAAAAUUCAAGCAGCAAUUUCUAGAAUGUUAGUAGGAAAUAAUUUCUUUUUUCGUGCCCUGCAUCUGUGGUGUUCUGUUCGUGAAGAAAAGAACGCGAGCACUUUAAUUAUGUCUAGUUAAGCUAUAUAAAAAUCUUGAAAUGUUAGUAACUUUGAGCACUUGAUAUAUAUUCAAUAAGAAAAAUAUUAGCAGUGUUUUCUUUUUGAUUAAUUAAAUGCAGAAUGUGUUA